UUUGUGGGUGGUUAUUUUCAGUCUUUGUGUGUCUGCACCAGACAGAACUGAUCUGAUACAGAUCGAACAUAGCUUUGCAAUGGCUGUUAGGAGGACCUUUGAAAAGGAGAGCUGCACACUCUAGCGCAGACUCAGUCAUUUAAUAACCUAAUAUCCAACCUUUCCGACCGACAAGCUGUCUUCCUCAGCGCAUACUUUUAGGAGCACCUUAACACAGAUGGAUCUAUUAAUCUCUGACCGUACCUCAUUGAAAAGAUGGACACCCUGACCCUGGAGCUUGUGGCAGAGCGCAGCAUGACCCAGAAGAGUGAGAAUGCGCGCCAGCAGCUGGAGAGGCAGAACAAGGACUUGCGGGCCAAGCUGGGCGAGCUGGAGGGCUCCGUGAAGAGCCGGUUCAAGGCCUCCACCUCCGCCCUGGAGGCCAAGAUACUGCAGCUGGAGGAGCAGCUGGAGCAGGAGGCUAAGGAGCGAGCAGCGGCCAAUAAGCUUGUGAGACGGACAGAGAAGAAGCUGAAGGAGGUGUGCAUGCAGGUGGAGGACGAGCGCCGCCAUUCCGACCAGUACAAGGAACAGAUGGAGAAGGCUAACUCUCGCAUGAAGCAGCUGAAGAGGCAGCUUGAGGAGGCUGAGGAGGAGGCCACACGUGCCAACGCCUACCGCAGGAAGCUGCAGAGGGAGCUGGACGAUGCCACUGAGGCCAGCGAGGGUCUCAGCCGUGAGGUCAACACACUCAGGCGUGGAGGCCCCAUCAGUUUCUCCUCCAGCCGCUCAGGCAGGCGUCAGCUGCAGUUGGAGGGAACAUCGCUCGACCUCCUAUCCGACGAUGAGGUGGAAAACAAGACCACGGACGCCAAUGCCAACGAGACGCCAGCAGCUCCCCAACCAGAGUAGACACGCUCUCUCCAGCCCACACGCAGCAUGGCCUCCGCCCCCACAAACCUUACCCCUGUCCUCCUAACCCCAGACACCAGCAGUGGACCCCACUACUCUGCCUUACCCUUCUAUGGCAAGCUGCAGGGCCAAGCAAAUCCAUCAUCUCCUCUAUAUGAAUAUACCGCACAUCAAGCCUUGGAUUCGUUUUUUAACAUCAAUUGCAGAUAAAAGUGCAUUUAAAUUGCAUAGGAGUCUGAGUGUGCAUAGGCACUCGAAAACAAAUAGCAGGAGUUUACCAUAAUUAUGUUAAGCUACUUCCCUGGAACAGCCAUUAGAAUCAAACAGCCCUCUAGCUAGAAUUAACCACUGUCAUUUCAGCUGGUUUACUGGCACACAGGUGGACGACUGCACACAAGUCGGUAAAAACAUGUGUCUUUCAUGAUUGUACAGUAUUGGACCAGGAAAUGUAAAACAAAGCACAGCAUAAGCGAGGGAAUUAUUUUUAAAUGGUAGCCUAAAUGAUGAUCCCACCAAAUGUUUUCAUCAAAACCACCACUGUCAUACAGAUACUGCAAUCCACUUAGUUUAGUAUAAAAAUAACUAUGUGAAUAACUCCUUAGUAGCAGGUUUGUAGUAAAUUAGAUUGUACCACGCCAUGUUGCCUCAGCAUUCCCCCUAUAUAUAUGACCAGCAAAAGACCCUGUUAACUUUACCAAUAUAACCUUGUCCAAUAACCCACCAUUUUAUAUUUGACAUAUCAAUCUACUUUAAGUGGUGUACGAUAAUGUGUGGAAUUAGUUUUGUCAGACUUGGAACAAAGGCCCUUUUUUUUAGAAAGACAGCCCAAAUGUGUGCUUGACUGUCACACCCUGACCAUAGUUUGCUUUGUAUGUUUGUAUGUUUUGUUUGGUCAGGGUGUGAUCUGAGUGGGCAUUCUAUGUUGGAUGUCUUGUUUGUCUGUUUCUGUGUUUGGGCCUGAUAUGGUUCUCAAUCAGAGGCAGGUGUUAGUCAUUGUCUCUGAUUGGGAACCAUAUUUAGGUAGCCUGUUGGGUUUUGUGGGUGAUUGUUCCUGUCUUUGUGUUGGUUACACCAGAUAGGGCUGUUUUCGGUAUUUCACGUUUCUUGUUUUUGUAUAUUGUUCUAUUUUCAUCUUUAUUAAAGAUGUAUCACAAU